AUGAACCAGUCGAAUAUUAAUAUUGAUAGUGAUUAUUCUUCAAUUGAUGUUAAUAAGACAGCUAAGACCAGUACCUUGAUUAUGCCAUGUACGUCAUUUAACGAUCAAGAUAAUAAUAAAUUAUUAUCGAUGGCUUCUGCGGCAAAAAAUGUCACUAGUUCAUUAUGUCAAGAUUGUCGAGUUCAUCGACCGGUUUUCAGUCCACAAAAAUUAAUUGCUCGUGAUGGUCAGUAG